UAAAUCUAAGCAAGCUGGAUACCCUAGGGUUUAAAUAUUUCCAUCAACGGAAAAUGGGAACAGCGGGUGAUCGCCUACUGGACAUACCCUGCAAGGUGUGUGGCGAUCGAAGCUCGGGCAAACACUAUGGCAUCUAUAGCUGCGAUGGCUGUUCGGGCUUCUUCAAGCGCAGCAUCCAUCGCAACCGGAUUUACACCUGCAAGGCCACUGGGGACCUCAAGGGACGCUGUCCCGUGGACAAGACCCAUCGGAAUCAGUGUCGCGCCUGCCGCCUGGCCAAAUGCUUUCAAUCGGCCAUGAACAAGGAUGCCGUUCAGCACGAGCGUGGUCCCCGGAAACCCAAGCUCCAUCCACAGCUGCAUCACCAUCAUCAUCAUGCAGCGGCCGCUGCUGCCGCUGCCCAUCAUGCCGCUGCACAUCAUCACCAUCAUCAUCAUCACCAUGCCCAUGCCCAUGCGGCGGCCGCACAUCAUGCGGCAGCGGCUGCAGCAGCAGCGGCGGGUUUGCACCAUCAUCAUCAUGCCACCGCCGGGGGACACCUGCCCGUGUCGCUGGUGACGAAUGUCUCGGCGUCCUUCAACUACACGCAGCACAUAUCCACGCAUCCGUCGGUGACGCCAGUUGCGCCAACGAAUCCUCAGGCAUUCCAUCAGCAGCAGCAGCAGCAGCAGCCACAUCCCACAGCCUUCCAUCAUCCGGGGCACCACUCGCUGGUGCCACAGAAUGGUGUCAGCUCUGGCACGGGCUUCCCCACGCACCUGCUGCAUCACAAUCUGAUUGCGGAGGCGGCCAGCAAGCUGCCGGGGAUUACAGCGGCCACGGCCACCGCAGUGGCAGCCGUUGUCUCCUCCACAACCACCGCUGCAGCCGCUGCCACCUCCCCCUACGGCCACCUGCAAGGGGCAACAGUCAACAGCAACAGCAACAACAACAACAACUACUCUUCGCCCUCGCCCAGCAACUCGAUUCAAUCGAUCUCCAGCAUUGGCUCGAGGAGUGUGGGGGGCAGCGAAAGUCCACGUGUCAAUGUGGAGACGGAGACACCCUCGCCCUCGGCAUCGCCGCCACUGAGUGCGGGUAGCAUUUCCCCGGCCCCAACGCUGACGGAUUCCCAGGGCUCGCCACAGCAUCCGCCACGACAGACAUCGCAGCAUAGUUUGAGUGGCGCCACAACGCCACCGAGUCACGCCUCUCUGCUGAUGCACAGCAUCCACAAUAAUCACCACCAUCAGCAUCAUCAUCAGCAGCAACAUCACCAUCAGGGGAGCAGCAGCCUCAAUGGCGAGCAGAAACUAUCGAGUUUCACAUCGGGUUCGCCCACACCGACGACGCCCACGCCGCCACCGCUCGCUGCACAUCCACCAACGAUUGGGCUGCGUCCUUGCCACCCAUCGGCGGCCUCGGCAGCUGCUUCGAAUGGCUUCCUGGAGCUGCUACUUAGCCCCGACAAGUGCCAGGAGCUCAUCCAGUAUCAGGUGCAGCACAAUACGCUGCUGUUUCCACCGCCACUGCCACAACAGCUGCUCGAUUCGCGGCUCCUCUCCUGGGAAAUGCUGCAGGAGACGACGGCCCGUCUGCUGUUCAUGGCGGUGCGUUGGGUCAAGUGCCUCAUGCCCUUUCAGACGCUCUCCAAGAAUGAUCAGCAUCUGCUGCUGCAGGAGUCGUGGAAAGAGCUUUUCCUCUUAAAUCUGGCCCAAUGGACCAUACCCUUGGACCUGACACCCAUUCUGGAGUCGCCCUUGAUCAAAGAGCGCGUCCUGCAGGACGAGGCCACCCAAACGGAGAUGAAAACCAUCCAGGAGAUUCUCUGCCGCUUCCGUCAGAUCACACCCGAUGGCAGCGAGGUGGGUUGCAUGAAGGCCAUCGCCUUGUUUGCCCCCGAAACAGCUGGACUGUGCGACGUGCAGCCCGUGGAGAUGUUGCAGGAUCAGGCGCAGUGCAUCCUAUCGGAUCAUGUGAGGCUUCGCUACUCGCGGCAGGCCACACGCUUUGGCCGCCUGCUGCUGCUGCUGCCAUCGCUCAGGACCAUCCGGGCCUCGACCAUUGAGGCGCUUUUCUUCAAGGAAACGAUCGGGAAUGUGCCCAUAGCGCGACUUCUGCGCGACAUGUACACCAUGGAGCCCGCCCAAGUGGUUCACGAAAAGUGAGCAGGAGGAGGCAUCAUCAAUCGGGGCAGGGGUUCAAUCCGCAAAAAAUGUAAUCAAAAUCGAUUUUUGUGAGGGCAACAAUUUUUCCGUCACUUGCAAAAA